AUGAUCAUUUCCACGUGGCUGGUGUAUAUCACGGCACGGAAAGGCAUCGGCGCUCCCUUCCUCUCUGCUGGCACCCGGGUUGAAGACGGGACCUCCAGGUUCUUCAGGUGGAUGCUGGCUGGCGCGGAGGUGCAGCGGGCAGAGUCUGCAUCGGCUCCUCCAGCAUGCCUGGCAGUGAGCGGGCUGGACCCACAGGUUGGGAUCCGUGGGCUGAGCGUGGCCGUGCCCCACGGAGGUGUCUGGGAGCUCGGCAAAGAUGAUGUGGCUGUCGUUGCGUGCCCGCUGGGACGGUCACUCAGCCACUCCUUCCUGGAGGACAGGACCACAAUCCAGCUCUUGAGGCAGAGCAUGUCCCGGCUGGUGCUCCAAGCCAAGCCGGACACCAAGCCGGACACCGAGCCGGACACCAAUGCCCAGGUCCUGCUUUCGAGCGAAGACUAG